UGUUGCUGAGCGAAAGAGAAGAACAAGCAAGAAGAAGAAGAGAUUGGUUGAACCUUGUUGUGGUUGUUGUUGUUGCUGUUGCUGUUGCUGUUCCACCCCCUCCUCCUCCCUUCCUCCCCCCUCCUUCCCCUCCUCCCCUCCACGCCAGGCACAGUUCCACACGCUGCGAGAGGAUGGGCGAUGCACAGGCGCCCAAGGCGAGGCGCCGUAGCUCACUGGCGACGCUGAUUGAUGGGCUGCAGACGGAGUUUGACCACGUUCGCUUCGCGCUCGCCUCGGAUGCCGCCGGGCUAUCGGAGGACGGCGCUGCAGAGAACAACAGCAAGGCACGUCGCCGUCGCUCGUCCGCGUCUGCAAGCGGAGACAACAAGCACACAUGGACCCUCUUUCCCAUGAACAGGAAUCUGUUCAAGGGCAUCCCCUUGUCCAGCUUGAGCGAUGCUGCGGGCAAGUCAGAUCUGGACGCCAGCUUCAAGACAGCCGCCACCAACCGGUUCCUGGACAUCCUGCCGUACGACAAGACGCGCGUGCGCCUGCCCGUGUACAAAGGUCAGCCGCUCAGCACGUACAUCAACGCCAGCUACAUUCAUGGCCCAGACGGGCGCGAGCGAGCGUACAUCGCCGCAAUGGCCCCAAAGAACACAACGGUGCAGUCGUUCUGGCGCAUGAUCUGGCAGGACCGCGUCAGCAUCAUCGUCAUGCUGUGCAAGCAGCAGGAAGGAGGGAAGGAGCAGUGCGCGCAGUACUGGGGCCUCAAGACAGGCAACAAGGUCAAGGUCGCCGACAUGCUCAUCACCACGACGCGUGUUGUGCACGACGACAAGAAGGGCAUCACCCGCACCGUCCUCAACAUCAACCACCCGAGCGGCGAACAAAGAACCAUUCAGCAUUUCUGGUACCAGGCCUGGUCUCCUGAAAAUGCAAUCCCAAUGACAGUGGAUCAGCAGCGGGUUGACCCGACCAAACUCCUUGCCCUCGUCAACCACGUCAACCUCUAUGAGAAGCAGCAUGGCGUGGGCGGGCCAAUCCUGGUGCACUGCACGGCUGGUGUUGGCCGAACAGGCUGCUUCAUCGCCGUCGACCACAUCUGCAAGCUGCUCGAGGCAAACCAGCGGGCGAACACGUUGAAGGUGGUGGAGGCGCUGCGGCGGGACCGCGUUGCCAUGGUGCCCACCGUCAAGCAGUAUGAGUUCGUGCAGGUGGCAGCCAUCGUCUUUGCAAAGCUCGUUGGCGCGCAGAUUAAGCUCAACGACACAGCGGCCGACAGCCCGACCACUCUCGAUCCAGACGUGCUUGCAGCGAACCGCCAGGAGUUGGUGUCACAGCUUCGACCUGAGGCCGCGUUUGCACCACCACCAUCUGCACAGAGCCCCUUCUCACGGAAGGCGUUUGCAAGCAUGACAGCAAUGCCCCGGCCCAGCAUGUCGGCAACACAGGCGAUGGCAGCCGUAGCGGAGGAGCCCGCGCUCUCAACGGAUCGCCACGAGCAAAAGGGCGGAAGCGUGCAGUCGUCUGCCGCAACGUCGGCAACAGCAUCGACCACAACCACGGCGAGCAGGCGUGGUGACAGCACGCGCAGCGACAGCAAGUCGGGUGGACGCGGCAGCAAGAAGAAGAGGAAGAAGCAGAGCAGCAAGAAGGAGAAGAAGGAGAAGAAGGAGAAGAAGGAGAAGGAGCAAAGGCGGUCACGAAGAGGAAGUGAACAGACAACCGAGCAACCCGCUGCUGCCGCUGCCGCUGUGAUUGACGACAACCUUGACGACAACGUGGUGCUGCGGGAGGAUGGGCGCGACAUUGCGGCCGAGCAGAGCAAGUGGAGCCAGGAGAAGGAGUUGUUUGAGCUUGAACGCCGGCUGCAGCAGGUCACGCGGGAUCUGACGGCACUGGAGACGCAGCGCACGGAGCUUGAGAUGCUGCUGAAGACGAGGGAAAAGGCUGUCAAGGAGCAGGAAGAGACGGUCGACAGCACCAAGACCGCAUACAAGGACGCGCAGCAGCUUGGUGAGUGGCAGCAGGGUGAUCCGGAGAGCGAGUUUGGGCGGAGCAUGGCGCUGUGCAUGCAGCCUGCAUACGCCUACGAGCCCCUGAUUGUCAACGCAGACAAGCCGGCACGCAGCCUGGAUGAUGUCAACGACGACGAAGCGAACCGCCGGGCCACAGCGGAGGCGAUGGGACUGCAACUGCUGGCAGUGGUCUCGUCAGUGCUGCGGCAGCCGCUGUAGCGCCGCCUCUACGAUCACGCGCGCGCGCACAACUCUAAAAACACACACGCACACGCACACGCACACGCACGCACACGCACGCGCACGCACACGCACACACACUCACUCACACAACGUACACAACAUAUGCAAACGUACAUGCAAGUGAACCGACACAGCCCGCUUCACAUUCAAAGGCACAAGUGAUCUUCUUGUACGAUCUUUCGUUUGCUCAAGCCCAUUCCUGAUGCAUGCUCGUACCGUUUUGUUCCGCCUGUGCUUGCUUCUUCUUGUCUUUUAAAAUACCUUGCGUUCCAUAUCUCUGCGUGCUUCCCUUUUCUUCUCAAUACACAACUGUAACUGUG